GUCAGGACAAGAGCACAGCGAGGAUCCACAAGACAGCGUACAAAAAAUAAUCUUCGACUUUGAAAGUUAGGAAUACAAUUCAAACUUUGACGAAACUCUAAACUAAGAAGGACUAUGAUUGAGCAACAAGUGAUGGCUUUUGUUUGGGGGGUAUGCUUGCUGACUUCUGGAUGGAUGACAUUUGCUGAGGCUAGCGUCCCUGAAAACUUGAACAAGAGCAUUGAUGAGCUUAAAACAUACUAUAUUAAAGAUGACCGCGAACUGCACAACGCAAACCCCAUUUUCCUGAGAGCCCUGAAAGACAUAAAGGUGAAUCUUGAGCAAAGUGAACAGAAGCUGUUAAUGAGCAUCAUAAUGGACACAUACAGUAGGAUCUUCAUUCGCAUGCAGAACGAGAGCCAGGAUAAAUCUAUGAAAGAGAGACUGGAGCAUGUUCAGGAGCACCUGAAAAAUCUGCAAGAUAACUACUUCCCAGGCAAAAGUGCUGAGCUCAAGACUUAUGCAGAAACCUUCUGGGCGAUCAAGGAAAAUGACCCGAUUGUCCAGCACAAGGCAUUGUUUGAGCUGAAGCGAGUCUACAGGGAAGCAACACAGCUGAGAAAUAUGAAUAAUAAAGACCGCAGAAGGCGACAAGCCAAAAGCAUCAGAAGGCAAAAGUCUUAACAGAAAAAAUUAUGGUGAAUCAGUUCUAUUUAUUCUAUUUAAAAAGUAUGUGUUGUGCAUGAUAACUAUGUGUUGUACACAUUGUGCACAACACAUAAUAGCUGAAACUGACAUUAUUUAUUUUUUUCUUUCAUUAUUUAUUUGAAAAUUGUU